AUAGACCGUUGUUCUUCAUGACAUUGCGUUUACGCUGUUGCUGCUUCCCUCCCCAACCUCACUGAACCAGAACGUUACAAAAAGCACACGCGCCAGAAUCACGUUUUAAGAACCAAAAAGAGUUCAAAGAGAGAAGAGAAACAACAAAGUACAAAAACACCGAACAGAACACAACCGAACCGAACCUUGCUUUCUCUCUCUCUCUAUAUAUGUGAUUUUUCUUCUCCCACAACCUCCUCUCACCACCUACGUCGUCGUUUUGGGGUCUUCUUUCAAUUGGAGAACAACCAAGGUUUGUUGAUCGUCAGGAAGAGCUCACUCUUUGUAGUGGUCAGGUACCUGCUGCAAUUGUGACAAAGUCAUUGGUUUUCAAACUUUGUGAUACAGUGAGUAUGUCUUCUGCAACCAAGGGUGAUAGGAAGACUGCAAUUGAUGUGGCGUCAUGGAUGUUCAAUAUAGUCACAUCUGUGGGGAUAAUCCUUGUGAAUAAAGCCCUCAUGGCUACAUAUGGUUUCAGCUUUGGUAAUAUAUUACCUUUGAAGUUCCCUACUACCCGUGAGUUUUGACAUUGUAUAUGGUAUACUAUUAUGCAGCAACAACGUUAACUGGUUUGCAUUUUGCCACAACUACCUUGCUGACACUCUUUCUUAAGUGGCUGGGAUAUAUCCAAACCUCUCAUCUUCCCUUACCCGAUCUUAUCAAAUUUGUCUUAUUUGCAAAUUUCUCUAUCGUCGGAAUGAAUGUUAGUUUAAUGUGGAACUCGGUCGGUUUCUAUCAGAUUGCUAAGCUGAGUAUGAUUCCGGUGUCUUGUUUCUUGGAAGUUAUCUUGGACAACGUACGAUAUUCAAGGGACACAAAACUUAGCAUUUCUCUAGUUCUCUUUGGUGUAGCUGUAUGUACUGUCACUGAUGUCAGCGUCAAUGCCAAGGGUUUCAUAGCUGCUGCAGUUGCAGUUUGGAGCACCUCACUGCAGCAGUAUUAUGUGCAUUUUCUUCAGCGGAAGUAUUCUCUUGGAUCGUUUAACUUGUUAGGUCACACUGCACCAGUCCAAGCCGCAAGUUUACUGCUAGUAGGUCCUUUUGUGGACUUUUGGUUGACAAACAAACGAGUUGAUGCCUACAACUAUGGUUUGACAUCCACUUUGUUGAUCAUUAUCUCUUGCACCAUCGCAGUAGGAACAAACCUGAGCCAGUUCAUCUGCAUUGGCAGAUUCACAGCCGUAUCCUUCCAAGUGCUUGGCCACAUGAAGACAAUUCUGGUACUUGCCUUAGGAUUUGUUUUCUUUGGAAAAGAAGGUCUGAAUUUACAAGUGAUUCUGGGCAUGGCCAUUGCAAUAGCGGGAAUGAUAUGGUAUGGCAAUGCAUCUUCUAAGCCAGAAGGGAAAGAGCGUGUCAGUUUACCUGUUAAUUCUACCCCCAAGACACAAGACUAUAAUGUACUAUCAGUAUCUUCUGAAACGGAUCAUUAAACUUAGACACAAGUUUAUGUAAAUAAAGUGGUGUUACCAUUGCAUGGUAAAACCAGGUUCCUUUCUGGGUCAGAUGAUUCAUGUUAUUGUUUAAAAACUAGUACCAAAUUAUUUCCCAUUUAGUUAUAGAUUCAGAGUCUAUGCUUGCUCUGUGUUAGGAUGUUGGGGGAGGACACACAAGAAAAAAAAUUGAAGUUUUUUUCGCACCCUGUCUGUGUGUCAUGCUCAAUGAAAAAAAA